AUGGGACGAGCUUCGCUGCUGCGUCUAGCGGCCGCCAUGGUCCUCACCGGCUUGGUUUCUCCGCAGGUUGCAGUGGCGGCACGCGCGACGCCGCCACUGCCGGUGCUGCCGAUCCCAACGGCGGCGCAGCUCGCGUGGCAGCGGCGGGAGGUGAUCAUGUUCUUCCACUUCGGGAUGAACACGUUCACGAACUCCGAGCUGGGCACGGGGGCGGAGGACCCGGCCCUGUUCGCCCCGGCCGCGCUCAACGCCAGCCAGUGGAUGGACGCGGCGGCCGCGGCCGGCGCGUCGCUCGCCAUCCUGGUCGCCAAGCACCACGACGGCUUCUGCCUCUGGCCGUCCGUCGACGCCGGCCUCUACCUCUCGCCGUGGGACCUACAUGAUCAGGAGUACGGCCGCGAGGUCGCCUACAACGAGUACUACUUGGCGCAGCUCCACGAGCUCCUCACCGGGUACGGGAGCUUGUCGGAGAUCUGGUUCGACGGCCACAAGGACAAGAACGCGACGAACAUGACGUACCACUUUCAGGAGUGGUUUCAGACCGUGAGGCAGUUGCAGAGCUCCAGCAUCAUCUUCUCCGACGCCGGCCCCGACGUCCGGUGGGUCGGCAAUGAGGAUGGGUUCGUCGGAACCACCUGCUGGUCCACCGUCAACCGCUCCAUGAUAACGAUCGGCGCAACCGGCAUCGAGAAUUAUCUGAACAACGGCGACCCGUGGGGGACGGACUGGGUGCCGCCGGAGUGCGACGUGACGAUCCGUCCUGGCUGGUUCUGGCACGAGAACGAGACGGCCAAGACGCUGAGCCAGCUGUUGGACAUAUACUACACCUCGGUGGGCCGGAACUGCGUGCUGCUGUUGAACGCGCCGCCCAACACCACGGGCCUGGUGGAGGACGCCGACAUCGCCAGGCUCCGCGAGUUCCGCGCCGCCAUCACGCGCAUCUUCGGCACAGACCUCGCCGAUGGCAGCACGGCUCGGGCCAGCAGCGAGCGCGGCGGCGACUUCGCGGCGGGCAAUGUGCUGGACGGCCGGGACGACACGUACUGGGCGCCGAUGGCGGAGGACGGGCGCAGGGACGGGUACUGGGUCGAGCUACGGCGGCCGGCGAGAGCGCGUGCGCGGCCGUUCAACGUUGUUAGGAUACAGGAGCACGUGGCGCUGGGGCAGCGGGUGGAGCGGCACGAGGUGUACGUGGACGGCGUGGCCGUGGCCAGCGGCACGACGGUCGGGCACAAGCGGCUGCACCGACUGGCCGGACCCGUCGUUGGCCGGACGGUGAAGAUAUGGUUCGCCGCGCGCCGUGGGCCUCCGGUAGUGUCGGCGGUGGGCCUGCAUCUCGACCCUCACGAAAUCAAUCGCCCGAGCCAAUAA